AUGGAUCAAACUGAUCAAGCAUCCAACCCAACCAGCCCUUUCUAUUUACACCCAGGUGAAAACCCAGGCCUCACUUUGAUCACUCAAGUUCUUAACGAGAAUAACUACUCAUCUUGGAGCAGAAGCAUGAGGAGAGCUCUGCUUUCCAAGAAUAAGGUGAAAUUCAUUGAUGGGUCCAUAAAGAGACCCCAAAAAACCGAUGUUGUUUAUGACGCCUGGGAAAGAUGCAACAUGAUGAUUUUAUCAUGGAUAACGAAGACACUGUCUCCACACAUUGCUGAAAGUGUGAUUUACGUCGAAGAAGCUAAAAAAUUAUGGGAUGAGCUCAAGGAAAGAUUUUCUAAGGGAAAUUACUUCAAGAUCUCUGACUUGUUACAAGAUAUACAUUCAAUCAGACAAGGUGAAAGGGGGGUGAGUCAGUUUUUUACAGAUUUGAAAAUCUUGUCGGAGGAACUGGAAUCUUUGAGACCUAUACUUACUUGCACAAUUGCGACUCCUUGCAGUUGUGAUCUAUCAAAAGUUUCCUUGAAAUAUAGGGAAGCCGAGCAUGUAAUAUGCUUUCUAAAGGGAUUGAACGACUCUUACAACACUGUUAGUACACAUAUUCUUUUAAUGGAUCCUCUCCCCAAUGUCAACCGUGUUUUCUCGCUCAUCAUUCAACAGGAAAGACAAGAAAAACAAACUCCUACAGAGACCAAGAUUUUAGCAAAUGUUGUUGAAAGAAACGACCAAUGGAGACCUGAUCAGAAUUGGAGAAAUCAAGGAAGGGGUGUUGGACCCCGUGGUUAA